UUCCACAGUUUGUUUGGUGGAAAACAAAUUCCCACUGUAAAAGCUUUUCUAAAACAGGAGAAAAUUAACACCUUGUUCAGGGAAAAUGUCUUACAAUUUUUCUUUCGGUAAGACAUUUUCCAAAACAUGGGAAAAUUUUUCUCCCCUUUCCUCUUCCCCUUCCCCUUCCCCUUCCCCUUCCCCUUCCCUUUCCCUUUCCUCUUCCCCUUGGGUUGCAAAAGAGAAAAAUUUACAAAUAGAAACUGAAGGAAGAGUCUGGAAAAGGCAAUGCUAAGCAUAUAUAGCAAGAAAGAUUCUCUUUCUUUUAAUCUUUCAUUGGAUGUUUUUUUGUUGAUUCACAAAGUGAAAAUUACAAACAAAAACCAUAGCCGAUGGACAAUGGAAGAUGGAGGAGAGGGGCGGUGUCUCAUGGAAUGCUAUCGUUGUUGGCUCUUCACACCGUCAACGAAUAUUAUCGGCUGCCGUGGAAGCCGCUGGUCACCGCCGGUCUUCUCGCCGCCAACACUCUGAUUUAUCUUAGGCCUUCGUUCCUAGAUUCUCUCCUCCCUUUUGUUGAUGAGGUUUGGUUCAAUCCUCAUCUUAUUCUCAAGGUACCUCAUUUUAUUCUCAAGUUGGAGGAAUUCUGUAAGAAAAAAGUAGCCGAGAAAUCCAAGAAGGCAACAUCUACCUUUCAAACCAAUAUUUCUGAUGUUAGCUUAAAUGAAAAACAACAAUUAGAAUAUCUUGUUGUUAGCUUAAAUGAAAAACUCUGCUCAAUCUACCUCUCGAAGCUGAUUGUUGCUAAUGAGAAUAUCUUGGAGAAGAAGCAUGAUUUUUACUCUACCAAAUAGAACAAGGAUUUGAUUGCUUUGGAGCAAGUAGUCACAUUUUCUAUUCUUGGGGUGCCACUGUGUCCAGGUUUCUAAUAAUUAUUGUGUUUUAUGGUUCAUCCAUUGGGCAAGUUAUACUGCUUGUAAUAACAAUUUCCUUACAAACACAAAUAAACAUUUUUUGAAGUGUACUUUUUUUAUGUCUUAGAAAUAUGCCAUUAUAAGUAUCCAUGGUUAUAUUUAA